GGAGGGUUCAUGCGGACCUGAGGCCGUCACAACCAUUCUACCCAACAGCUAAAAUAACAACACAAGGCCGCUGUUAAACUUCUCGCUACUCUGUCUCCUCUGGACUCCUAUUCUCCAUUAGUGUGACCACAUAAAGCGAGAAUAUCGUGGAUACAACCUGCAACAGUUGGUUAAUGCCCAAGUACCUACCUACUACUGGGGCAACAGAUGUAAUGAAACACACCUGACGUUUCCACUCAUGCAUACGUAAUAUACUCUGGCUUGAAAUACACAGUAGCCUUAAAAUACUGAAAAGUACGGUCUGGAUAUUCUAGGUAGAAAAAUGAGCAGUGGCUUUAUUAGUGAGAAGGAAGCAGCAGAGCGACGCCGUGUUCGGCAAGAGAAUUGGGAGAAAAACCGAGCGGAAAAUGACCCUGAGGAAGCCCCAGAGGAACCACCUCCAGACCCUCGCUCAUUGUUUGAACGUCUUCAGGAGCAGCGGCAAAAGAAACAAGAGGAAUACGAUGAAGCUCACAAGUUUAAAAACAUGGUGCGUGGGCUAGAAGAUGAUGAGGUGGACUUCUUGGAACUUGUUGACCGCAGCAAACUACAGGAAGAAAUACGAGUUCGCACCGAGGAAAAUACUGCCAUGAUUGAAUACAGGAAAAAAGUGUCUGCCAUGCAAAAAAAUAUUGCCGAAGAAGAAAUAAGAGCAGAAAUGAAAGCUUCAGAGGCACGGAAAAACUCAGGAGGAAGUAAAAAGACAUCACAUCUGUCUCUCCUGGCAGGAGCAAUCAAGAGAAAAACUAGUGAUGAUGAUAAAAAUACACAGGAGGCUGGUGAAGCUAAAAAGACAAAAACUGAAUCACCUAGUCAAGGAAACACCGCGACAGUUCAUCCAGUCUCUGGAAAAUCAGGCUUUCAAUGCAUUGCCGUUUUGCCUGGAUUAGGUAUCUACACAGAUUCCAGUGACUCGGACAAUAAUGUAGACUCUGAUAGUGAUGAUGAUGAUGAUCAUGUUCAGUUACCUCGGCAGCCUCGAGAUAUCACAGGUCGUAUCGUGAAGCCUACAACACAAUGUAGUGGCCAGUCUGGCUGUUGAUGAAGUGAGUUGUUGAAAAUAAAAAAGAAUAAGAAGACAAGUCCUAAGUUGAAUCAUGCUGGCCACAAUGCCAUCCUUACAGUAAUUGUAUAUGAAGAUUAGUGCUUCACAGAGCGUGAGUGCUCAGCCUUCCAGUCUUGAAAGUUAUACGUGAAAAAUUGCCACCAUUGAAAUACUGUACUUCUUCCAGUACAGAAGAAUUUUUUUUUUAUUUUCAACAAACCGGUCAUAUCCCACCGAGGCAGGGUGACCCAAAAAGAAAAACAAAAGUUUUGUUUUUUAAAGUUGGUAAUUUAUGCAGGAGAAGAGGUUAUUAGCCCCUUUGCUCCUGGCAUUUUAGACGUCUCUUAUGACACGCAUGGCUUACAGAGGAAGAAUUCUUUUCCACUUCAUGUGAAGAUAAGAGGAAAUAAAGAAAGACCAAGAACUAUUAAGAAAAUAGAAGAAAACCCAGAUGACUGUGUAAAUAUAUAUGCAUGUACAUGCAUGUGUAGUGGGACUUAAGUGUAAGUAGAAGUAGCAAGAUAUACCUGUUAUCUUACGUGCUGAUGAAACAGAAAAGACACCAGCAAUCCUACCAUCAUGUAAAACGAUUACAGGUUUCUAUUUCACACUCACUUGGUAGGAUGGUGGUACCUCCCUCGGUGAUUGCUGUCUACCAACCUACUACCUAGGAGAAUUAAAUUUGACUUAAUUAAAAAAUGCAUCUAGUUCAUAUACAUACCUGAUUUGUAUUGUUUGAAGAAUACUUUAAAAGAAUAAGUUCAGUCUAAAGAUGUCUUAGUGGCAACUAGUCUCAGAUUGGGAAAACACAUGUCUAAUUCUGUAUAUAAAUUCCUAUUGUAUUGUUUAUUGUAUUUGCAGAUUAUUAGGUUACUGUAAGUGAUUAAAGUGGCAUAAUUAGCAAUUGUGUAACUGCAAAUUUCUGAAAAGUAUCUGUACAUUUUACAUUAUAUUAUUAGAACACAUGUAAUUGCUGCCAAGGGAAAUACAGAGCUUUUUGAAUGAUCAUGACAAAGAAAUAUUACUACACAAAAAUACACUAAUUUUAUUGUUAAAUAUGUGUAUCAACCUUGCAACUUCACUGAAUCAGUCAAAACACAAAACUAAUACAGGUGGGAAAGUACCCUAAUACAGGUGUUGUACUGGCAUUUAUAAUAUAGUUUAUCUUUAAGAGUACAUAUAUGAAUGCAGUCAGCUUUAAUAGUAGCAAAUGUAUUGACUGUUGCAUUUUUUUUUUUUAGCAUACAAUCUUUCACUUAUACUUGACCUGUUUACUGUAUAGAUAAAUCCUAUCACCAAUGUAUUUAUAGCCUUAGGGUUUUAUUGCCUUCAAGUUCAAAGAGGAACCAAACAGCCUUCCUAAAUCUUAUUCACUAUAACUCAGGGUAGAGACUGUACUUCAUUAUUUAAAAUUUUGUAAAUGUGAAGAGCAGCUCUUGCUGUUUCAUAUCCAUUGUUUCACAAAUGAACCAUACAUUAAACAUGAAUAGGUUUUUGUUUUUUCUUAGGGUCUGCAGUGAGCCACUGUGUGAGGAAGAAUAAUGCGAGUUGCUUAGAUAAGGAAAAUUAAUAAAGUAUGAUGAAUAAAAGUCAUUAUACAGUGGCUUGAAUAAUUUACAACUAACCUACACUUUGGAGAGGAAACAAAACAUUUCAGUCCAUCUGAGAUCAGGAAGUUACAUCUGACUUGAUAAUGAUCCGAGAGGGUGUGAAAUGUCGUCUACAGUUUUCCUAUCUAAAGUGUGGGUCAGUUGUGAAUUAUUAGCAUUCCUACAAGUAAAACAGUUUAUGGAGCUAGUAAAGCGACAAAAAACAAGAAAAGACGUUCAUGUUAAUGCAGUAUUUCUAUUACAUAUUUAUGUAAAAUAUGACAUUAGAAUACUAUACUAGAGAGGUGUGUUCCAGUGAGGCUUUCCUAGUAAUACUGACCAGUAGAGUAGUUGAAACACCAGUCAUAAGGUUGAUGGUGUCUCAGUCUUGGUUAGUCUAAAAAAAAGUGGCGUGUAGUUUGCAUGUUCUAGCUAAGCACCUUCCUCAGGGGAAGUUCCUUGAUGCUGGUGAGGGGGCUCUUGAUCCAAGGGAUUGGAAUUGUUUUCCUCUUUAUUGGGUUGAAACUUGUUGCCUCCCAUUUCCUAGGCACUGUAGAACCCCUCCUGAUUUUGCACUUUUCCCUAAAUACAAUAAGAAUCAGCAAAGCACUAUUAAAUGAUCCUCACAAGUUCAGCACUUUUCAUGAUAUAAUUCUCUUAGCUGAAAUAUAAUUACUUGUAAUACACACAAAUAACCUACCCAUAGGAGAAAAGGAGAUUGAAACUUAUGACAAUAUUUUGGUCCAACUUGACCAAUAUUUAGUCACAAGUGAGAAGGGAAGGGAUCCAGAAUAUAUGAGGGGAAGACAGGGAACAGGAGAGGUAGAGCAGGAAGGAGGGAGUAAUUGCAGUAUUGUGCCUUUUUUAUUCUUUACCUGUGGGGAGAGGGAGGUAUUAGGUAGAUGGCGAGAAUAUUUUGAGGAACUUUUAAAUGUUGAGGAAGAAAGGGAGGCGGUAAUUUCAUGCACUGGCCAGGGAGGUAUACCAUCUUUUAGGAGUGAAGAAGAGCAGAAUGUAAGUGUGGGGGAGGUACGUGAGGCAUUACGUAGAAUGAAAAGGGGUAAAGCAGCUGGAACUGAUGGGAUCAUGACAGAAAUGUUAAAAGCAGGGGGGAUAUAGUGUUGGAGUGGUUGGUACUUUUGUUUAUUAAAUGUAUGAAAGAGGGGAAGGUACCUAGGGAUUGGUGGAGAGCAUGUAUAGUCCCUUUAUAUAAAGGGAAAGGGGACAAAAGAGAUUGUAAAAAUUAUAGAGGAAUAAGUUUACUGAGUAUACCAGGAAAAGUGUACGGUAGGGUUAUAAUUGAAAGAAUUAGAGGUAAGACAGCAGAAUGUAGGAUGGCGGAUGAGCAAGGAGGUUUCAGAGUGGGUAGGGGAUGUGUAGAUCAAGUGUUUACAUUGAAGCAUAUAUGUGAACAGUAUUUAGAUAAAGGUAGGGAAGUUUUUAUUGUAUUUAUGGAUUUAGAAAAGGUAUAUGAUAGAGUGGAUAGAGGAGCAAUGUGGCAGAUGUUGCAAGUAUAUGGAAUAGGUGGUAAGUAUGCUGUAAAGAGUUUUUAUGAGGAUGGUGAGGCUCAGGUUAGGGUGUGUAGAAGAGAGGGAGACUACUUCCCGGUAAAAGUAGGUCUUAGACAGGGAUGUGUAAUGUCACCAUGGUUGUUUAAUAUAUUUAUAGAUGGGGUUGUAAAAGAAGUAAAUGCUAGGGUGUUCGGGAGAGGGGUGGGAUUAAAUUAUAGGGAAUCAAAUUCAAAAUGGGAAUUGACACAGUUACUUUUUGCUGAUGAUACUGUGCUUAUGGGAGAUUCUAAAGAAAAAUUGCAAAGGUUAGUGGAUGAGUUUGGGAAUGUGUGAAAAGGCAGAAAGUUGAAAGUGAACAUAGAAAAGAGUAAGGUGAUGAGGGUAUCAAAUGAUUUAGAUAAAGAAAAAUUGGAUAUCAAAUUUGGGAGGAGAAGUAUGGAAGAAGUGAAUGUUUUCAGAUACUUGGGAGUUGACGUGUCGGCGGAUGGAUUUAUGAAGGAUGAGGUUAAUCAUAGAAUUGAAGGAAAAAAGGUGAGUGGUGCGUUGAGGUAUAUUUUUUUUUUUUUUAUUAUCACACUGGCCGAUUCCCACCAAGGCAGGGUGGCCGAAAAAGAAAAACUUUCACCAUCAUUCACUCCAUCACUGUCGUGCCAGAAGGGUGCUUUACACUACAGUUUUUAAACUGCAACAUUAACACCCCUCCUUCAGAGUGCAGGCACUGUACUUCCCAUCUCCAGGACUCAAGUCCGGCCUGCCGGUUUCCCUGAAUCCCUUCAUAAAUGUUACUUUGCUCACACUCCAACAGCAUGUCAAGUAUUAAAAACCAUUUGUCUCCAUUCACUCCUAUCAAACACGCUCACGCAUGCCUGCUGGAAGUCCAAGCCCCUCGCACACAAAACCUCCUUUACCCCCUCCCUCCAACCUUUCCUAGGCCGACCCCUACCCCGCCUUCCUUCCACUACAGACUGAUACACUCUUGAAGUCAUUCUGUUUCGCUCCAUUCUCUCUACAUGUCCGAACCACCUCAACAACCCUUCCUCAGCCCUGUGGACAACAGUUUUGGUAAUCCCGCACCUCCUCCUAACUUCCAAACUACAAAUUCUCUGCAUUAUAUUCACACCACACAUUGCCCUCAGACAUGACAUCUCCACUGCCUCCAGCCUUCUCCUCGCUGCAACAUUCAUCACCCAUGCUUCACACCCAUAUAAGAGCGUUGGUAAAACUAUACUCUCAUACAUUCCCCUCUUUGCCUCCAGGGACAAAGUUCUUUGUCUCCACAGACUCCUAAGUGCACCACUCACUCUUUUUCCCUCAUCAAUUCUAUGAUUCACCUCAUCUUUCAUAGACCCAUCUGCUGACACGUCCACUCCCAAAUAUCUGAAUACGUUCACCUCCUCCAUACUCUCUCCCUCCAAUCUGAUAUUCAAUCUUUCAUCACCUAAUCUUUUUGUUAUCCUCAUAACCUUACUCUUUCCUGUAUUCACCUUUAAUUUUCUUCUUUUGCACACCCUACCAAAUUCAUCCACCAAUCUCUGCAACUUCUCUUCAGAAUCUCCCAAGAGCACAGUGUCAUCAGCAAAGAGCAGCUGUGACAACUCCCACUUUGUGUGUGAUUCUUUAUCUUUUAACUCCACGCCUCUUGCCAAGACCCUCGCAUUUACUUCUCUUACAACCCCAUCUAUAAAUAUAUUAAACAACCACGGUGACAUCACACAUCCUUGUCUAAGGCCUACUUUUACUGGGAAAAAAUUUCCCUCUUUCCUACAUACUCUAACUUGAGCCUCACUAUCCUCGUAAAAACUCUUCACUGCUUUCAGUAACCUACCUCCUACACCAUACACUUGCAACAUCUGCCACAUUGCCCCCCUAUCCACCCUGUCAUACGCGGAUAUGUGGAGUCAAAAAACGUUAUCUAUGGAGGCAAAGAAGGGAAUGUAUGAAAGUAUAGUAGUACCAACACUCUUAUAUGGAUGUGAAUUUUGGGUGGUAAAUGCAGCAGCGAGGAGACGGUUGGAGGCAGUGGAGAUGUCCUGUCUAAGGGCAAUGUGUGGUGUAAAUAUUAUGCAGAAAAUUCGGAGUGUGGAAAUUAGGAAAAGGUGUGGAGUUAAUAAAAGUAUUAGUCAGAGGGCAGAAGAGGGGUUGUUGAGGUGGUUUGGUCAUUUAGAGAGAAUGGAUCAAAGUAGAAUGACUUGGAAAGCAUAUAAAUCUAUAGGGGAAGGAAGGCGGGGUAGGGGUCGUCCUCAAAAAGGUUGGAGAGAGGGGGUAAAGGAGGUUUUGUGGGCGAGGGGCUUGGACUUCCAGCAAGCGUGCGUGAGCGUGUUAGAUAGGAGUGAAUGGAGACGAAUGGUACUUGGGACCUGACGAUCUGUUGGAGUGUGAGCAGGGUAAUAUUUAGUGAAGGGAUUCAGGGAAACCGGUUAUUUUCAUAUAGUCGGACUUGAGUCCUGGAAAUGGGAAGUGCAAUGCCUGCACUUUAAAGGAGGGGUUUGGGAUAUUGGCAGUUUGGAGGGAUAUGUUGUGUAUCUUUAUACGUAUAUGCUUCUAAACUGUUGUAUUCUGAG